GCGCCACCGCCGCGCUCCGCCCCGGAGCCUGCGCGGUGCGGCCGGAGCGCGCGCGCCCUGCGGGCCCGGGGCCCCGCGCCAGCUCCGCCGCCCCCAGCGCGGCCCCGCGGGGGCACCGGCGGCCCCGCCCGCGCGCUGAGGGGCCUGGCGCAGCCGGCGCCAUGGCCGCCUUGUACCAGAGCGCGGACCCGUCCGCCUCUGCCUCGCCGAACAAGCUGCUGGCGCUGAAGGAUGUGCGGCAGGUCAAGGAGGAGACCACCCUGGACGAGAAGCUCUUCUUGCUGGCCUGCGACAAAGGUGACUAUUACAUGGUUAAGAAACUCUUAGAGGAAAACAGCUCGGGUGAAAUGAACAUAAAUUGUGUGGAUGUGCUUGGAAGAAAUGCUGUUACCAUAACGAUUGAAAAUGAAAACUUGGACAUACUACAGCUUCUUUUGGAUUACGGCUGCCAGUCAUCAGAUGCACUUCUGGUGGCUAUUGACUCGGAAGUGGUGGGAGCUGUUGACAUCCUACUUAAUCACCGACCAAAAAGAUCCUCCAGACCAACCAUUGUAAAACUAAUGGAACGCAUUCAGAACCCGGAGUACUCAACAACCAUGGAUGUGGCACCUGUCAUUUUAGCUGCUCAUCGUAACAACUAUGAAAUUCUCACCAUGCUGUUAAAGCAAGACAUCUCAUUACCAAAGCCUCAUGCUGUAGGCUGUGAAUGCACACUGUGUACUGCAAAGAACAAAAAAGAUAGUCUGCGACAUUCCAGGUUUCGUCUUGACAUUUACCGGUGUUUGGCCAGCCCUGCUUUAAUCAUGUUGACAGAGGAGGAUCCGAUCCUGCGAGCUUUUGAACUUAGUGCAGACUUGAAGGAAUUAAGCCUUGUUGAGGUUGAAUUCAGAAAUGAUUAUGAGGAGCUAGCUCAACAGUGCAAAACCUUUGCUAAAGAUUUGCUUGCACAGGCACGGAAUUCACGGGAGCUGGAAGUUAUUCUGAAUCACACAUCCAGUGAUGAACAUGUAGACAAGCGAGGAUUGUUGGAAGAGAGGAUGAACUUAAGUCGCUUAAAACUUGCCAUCAAGUAUAAUCAAAAAGAGUUUGUUGCUCAGUCUAACUGCCAGCAGUUCCUAAACACGGUAUGGUUUGGACAGAUGGCAGGCUAUCGGCGCAAGCACACGUGCAAGAAAAUUUUGACUGUUUUGAUGGUUGGCAUUUUCUGGCCAGUUCUGUCCUUGUGUUACUUGUUAGCCCCUAAAUCUCGAGUAGGUAGAAUGAUUCACACUCCUUUUAUGAAGUUUAUUAUUCAUGGAGCUUCAUAUUUCACGUUUCUGCUGUUACUUAAUUUGUACUCCCUUGUCUACAAUGAGAAUAAAAAGAAUACAAUGGGACCAGCCCUCGAGAGAAUAGACUACCUUCUGAUUAUAUGGCUCAUUGGAAUGGUGUGGUCAGAUGUUAAGAGACUCUGGUAUGAUGGUUUAGAAGACUUUUUAGAAGAAUCCCGUAACCAGCUUAGUUUUGUCAUGAAUUCUCUGUAUUUGGCUACUUUUGCUCUCAAAGUAGUUGCCCAUAACAAGUUUCAUGAUUAUGCUGAAAGGAAGGACUGGGAUGCAUUCCAUCCUACCCUAGUGGCAGAAGGUCUUUUUGCUUUUGCUAAUGUUCUUAGUUAUCUGCGUCUCUUCUUCAUGUACACAACCAGCUCUAUUCUGGGACCACUCCAGAUUUCAAUGGGCCAGAUGCUACAAGAUUUUGGAAAAUUUCUGGGCAUGUUUCUUCUUGUCUUGUUCUCAUUCACAAUUGGAUUGACACAACUUUAUGAUAAAGGAUUUACUGUAAAUGAAGAAAAGGACUGUGCUGGAAUUUUCUGUGAACAACAGAGCAACGACACGUUCCAUUCGUUUAUUGGCACAUGUUUUGCUCUCUUCUGGUAUAUCUUCUCCCUGGCACACGUUGCAAUCUUUGUCACACGUUUUAGCUAUGGUGAAGAAUUACAGUCUUUUGUGGGUGCUGUUAUUGUUGGUACCUACAAUGUGGUGGUUGUCAUAGUAUUAACUAAACUACUUGUGGCAAUGCUUCAUAAAAGCUUUCAGCUGAUUGCAAAUCAUGAAGAUAAAGAAUGGAAGUUUGCUCGUGCCAAGCUUUGGCUUAGCUACUUUGAUGACAAAUGCACACUACCUCCACCUUUCAAUGUUAUUCCCUCCCCCAAGACCAUCUGUUAUCUUUUCAACAGUCUCAGUAAAUGGAUCUGCUCUCAUACAUCAAGUGGCAAAGUGAAACGUCAGAACAGCCUGAAGGAAUGGAGAAAUCUGAAGCAAAAGAGAGAUGAGAAUUAUCAAAAGGUGAUGUGUUGUUUAGUCCACCGUUACUUGACUUCCAUGAGACAGAAGAUGCAAAGCACAGAUCAGGCAACUGUGGAAAACCUGAAUGAACUGCGGCAAGACUUAUCAAAAUUCCGAAAUGAAAUGAGAGACCUGCUUGGGUUUCGAACGUCUAAAUAUGCUAUGUUUUAUCCAAGAAACUAAGGCCUAACUUUUAAGUUCAGUGUGUAUAUUUUUAGGUACGUAGAGGUGAAAGUUUUUGCCCAAUUCUGUUGCCAGACCAAACAGAAAAUAUUAUUAUUGCACAAUAAUACAUUUGAAAAUGCAUUUGCAUGAGUAGCAGCUAGAUACAGAGGUGGUGAAAGGAAAUGCAAACCCAGAUAUCAUCCAUUUCUUAAGCUCUUAAUCCUUGUGUGUGUAUAUAAAAUUUGUAUAUAGGGAUUUUUUUAAUGUUCUUCAGCUGUCAGGUGUCAGAGCUUCGUAACUAGCACAAUGUUUAUUUCUUCUAUUUUUGCUGUUUGUUCCUUUUGAUACUUGAUUUUCAAGCUGUGUGAGAAGACAGGCUUUUUAAUCCAGCCUAUUUUUAUUUUUAAUAGAAAAGUCAGAUGUAGAGUAGUAGAAAAUUUCCAGCACAGUUGGAAAUCAUGUUUGACUGUAGGUUACAGUGCAUGUGAAGACUGUAUGGCUCUGAAAGAGGCAGUUCUAGUGCCAAGUUUUGUAAGUUAACAUAGAUGGUAUACUAACAUUUAGAGAAUACAGAAAAUAAAAUAAUUACUCUUCCCUUUCAUGGGAACAGAAAUUUUGAACUCGGAAUAGACUGACCAUUUCUUGAAUGUUUAUGGUUAUAUGCAAGACAAUCAGUUCCUGCUUGGAUUUUUCAGUGGUGCCUCAAAAUCAUGUCAUGAUUGGGAAAAGAACUUGAAAACUAACCUGUGAACUUUCAAUGUUGUAUAUCUUGGGUUUUUAAAAUCCAGAUGACAAAUUAUUUGAAUUGUUAAAACCUGAGAUUUAACAAAAAUGAGGCAGAGCACCUGAGUGCUAUUGUUUGCAAUGCUGAACAAUUCCUUUGAAACUCUGUACACUUCUUUCUGUGAGGACGUACGUGGUAUCUGGUCAUUGGACAGAUGUGGAGUAGAAGGGCCUGCUUUGGACAGGUUUUACACAUCUUUUAAACUGGUUUGGGUUUUUUUUCCCUUUUUUUUUUAUUACCACAAUUGUUGCCAAGCUAAACUUUUGUGUGUGUGUGAAGAAUAAUAAGUUUUCUGAGAACAUGUGGUUUGACUUGGCUUCCAAUGGACAGUAAGGGCUUUGGGGAUUUUCUGUGCUAGAAGGUCCUGUCUGGCUUUAUAUGCUUAUAUAUACUUCAAGUUGACAAAUUGUAAUUGAGAAAUGUGAGAUUCCUGUAUUUUUAGUUAAGAAAUAAGUAUAUUUAUGACAGCUAAAGGAUUGACAAUUUUACUGUCAUGAUGGUGCUCUUGUAAAAUGGUCUUACGUCCGGAAGGCGCAGGUAGCCGUAGUGAUCUGACUGCAGUUGAUCUUGGGAAGUUGAUAGAGUAGAGGCUUAUGAGGAUGUUAACUUUUUGGAAGGAACUCUUUUAAAACUUUCUUGUAAAAGUAAUAUAUUUUCUGUACUAUUAAAUUAUGUAUAUCUGAACUCGGUUUUGAUACUUUGCUUCCAGAAGUCAUAUGGUAUAGAGGUGUUCUGGUAAGUCUUUAGGCUUUUCAUGUGAGUUAGAAGCUAACCUCUCAUAUUCAAAGCAAAGAGGAUCACUGAAUUUUGUAUUUGGACUUGGAUCUUGUGUUUGAAUAAUACACCAACAUAAAAGCUAUGUGCUGUGUAUGUUAUGUAUAUUCAAGAAAGGAAGCAGACAAAUAAAAGCUCUUUGAAAAAUA